CCUUCCUCAGCCCGGCGCCAUGACACCUACUGAGGCGGAAGUGUGGAGGCGCCGGCCGGUUAGGACCACCGCACCGUACGGGUGGCGGCGGGAGUGGGGGGGCCUCCGUGGGGAGCCAGUGUGGAUCGAGUGCGGGGGCCGGAUUCCCCGCCCCCUCCGCGCGGCCGACUCCGCGGGGAUUUAAAGGUCCUUGGUGGCGGCAGGGGGUCCAGCUGUAAAAUGUCAUCCCAGCCAGUGUGACAUCACCACAGUCCAGCGUGACACCCGCGGAGACUGGGCAGCGCGCGGGCGGCAGCGCCUUCCCGGGAAGCCCCGCUGCCGGCGAGAAACCACCUCAGUUUGGGCUUCAAGGUUUCGUCGCCCGCACGGAGACGUUCUAGCCGAGCGGCCUCGGCGUGCGCGACCUGGCAGCCUCCGCGCACCUCGGGAGCGCCCAGGAGGCCCCCCCGCUGCCCGCCAUAGGCCCCUGUGUGUGCCUCAGGAAGUGAGCGACAACCUGUGCCCCGGACCAGCCCCUCAAAACGGGCACUGAGCAGACGCUGCCACAACGUCCUUGCCCCUCCCAGGAGAGUGGGACUGGGUAUUCAGGAAGCCGGUGCGUCGGGCACGCAGCGUUGUGGAGAAAAUGGACACUGUAAAAACUAGGUUAUCCUGACGGAAAGACUGUCGCCACCUCCCAGUCAGGAGAUUCUGUAGGACUUCACAUGUACCUCCUCCUGCUGUGUGAAGUGUUCCUACUCCUGAAGUGAGGAGCGUUUUUAGAGAGACGGAACUGAGAACAUAAAGUCCUCACAUUGGGCUGACCUGGGAAACAGCAAAAUGUGGAGACUGGGUUCCCCCGUCAGGGCUGGGAGGAGCCCGCGGGGACUGCUCCUGGCCGGGAGACGAUGCCGUACCUGGGCUCCGAGGACGUGGUGAAGGAGCUGAAGAAAGCUCUGUGCAACCCUCACGUUCAGGCGGAUAGGCUGCGCUACCGGAAUGUCAUCCAGCGAGUGAUUAGGCACAUGACUCAGGGCUUGGACAUGUCCGGUGUUUUCAUGGAAAUGGUGAAGGCGAGUGCCACUGUAGAUAUUGUUCAGAAGAAGUUGGUUUAUCUGUACAUGUGUACAUACGCCCCCCUGAAACCAGAUCUGGCUCUUUUGGCUAUUAAUACGCUGUGCAAAGACUGUUCGGAUCCCAAUCCGAUGGUGCGAGGGCUGGCAUUACGGAGCAUGUGUAGCCUUAGGAUGCCUGGUGUGCAGGAAUAUAUCCAACAGCCUAUUCUCAAUGGCCUGCGAGAUAAAGCUUCAUAUGUCAGGAGGGUGGCGGUCCUUGGUUGUGCCAAGAUGCAUAAUCUUCAUGGAGACUCUGAAGUGGACGGUGCUCUGGUAAAUGAGUUAUACAGUUUGCUGCGUGACCAGGAUCCAAUUGUGGUUGUGAAUUGCCUGAGGUCUCUAGAAGAAAUUCUGAAACAGGAAGGAGGUGUUGUCAUCAACAAGCCCAUCGCCCACCAUCUCUUAAAUCGAAUGCCAAAACUGGACCAAUGGGGCCAGGCUGAAGUAUUGAACUUUCUGCUACGCUAUCAACCCCGCAGUGAGGAGGAGCUGUUUGACAUUCUCAAUCUGUUAGAUAGCUUUCUCAAGAGUAGUAGCCCUGGUGUGGUGAUGGGGGCCACAAAACUCUUCCUAAUCUUGGCAAAAAAAUUCCCCCAUGUACAAACCGAUGUGCUUGUGCAAGUCAAGGGACCUUUGCUGGCUGCCUGUUCUUCAGAGAGCCGUGAGCUCUGUUUUGCUGCUCUAUGUCAUGUGCGUCAGAUCUUGCAUAGUUUGCCCGGUCACUUUAGCAGCCACUACAAAAAAUUUUUUUGCUCCUACUCGGAGCCCCACUACAUCAAGUUGCAGAAGGUGGAGGUGCUGUGUGAGCUGGUGAACGACGAAAAUGUACAGCAGGUGCUAGAGGAGCUCCGAGGGUACUGUACGGAUGUGUCAGCCGAUUUUGCUCAGGCCGCCAUCUUUGCCAUAGGUGGUAUUGCCAGGACCUACACAGAUCAGUGUGUGCAGAUUCUAACAGAGUUGCUGGGGCUUCGACAAGAGCACAUUACCACAGUGGUGGUGCAAACUUUCCGAGACCUGGUUUGGUUGUGUCCUCAGUGUACGGAAGCUGUGUGUCAGGCUCUGCCCGGCUGUGAGGAGAACAUUCAGGAUAGCGAGGGGAAACAGGCACUUAUUUGGCUCCUUGGUGUCCAUGGGGAAAGAAUUCCCAAUGCUCCCUACGUGUUAGAAGACUUUGUGGAGAAUGUGAAGUCAGAGACAUUUCCAGCGGUGAAGAUGGAGCUACUGACUGCACUGCUGCGCCUUUUCCUCUGCCGACCUGCUGAGUGCCAGGACAUGCUGGGGCGUCUGUUACAUUACUGCAUAGAGGAAGAAAAGGAUAUGGCAGUACGGGACCGGGGUCUCUUCUAUUAUCGCCUUCUCUUAGCUGGCAUUGAUGAAGUGAAGCGGAUCCUGUGUAGCCCUAAAUCUGACCCUUCUCUUGGACUUUUGGAGGAUCAGGCGGAAAGACCUGUGAAUAGCUGGGCCUCAGACUUCAACACACUAGUGCCGGUCUAUGGCAAAGCCCGUUGGGCAGCCAUCUCUAAAUACCAGGGGGCAGAGCAUCGGGGCCCAGAGCUUCCUAACACUGCAUCCUUUGCCUCCUCAGGUCCCCUGAUUCCUGAAGAGCACAAGGAGACAGUACAAGAACCAGAUUCUGGAGCCCUCAUGCUCGUCCCCAAUUGCCAGCUUACUGCUGAGUAUUUUGAGAAAACUUGGUUUAGCCUGAAAGUUGCUCAUCAGCAAGUAUUCCCUUGGAAGGGAGCAGUCCAUCCUGACACCCUCCAGAUGGCCCUGCAAGUAGUGAAUAUCCAGACCAUCGCAAUGAGCAGGGCUGGGGCUCACCCGUGGAAAGCCUACCUCAGUGCUCAGGAUGACACCGGCUGCCUGUUUCUAACAGAACUGCUGUUGGAGCCCGAGAACUCAGAAAUGCAGAUCUCUGUGAAACAGAAUGAGCCGAGGACUGAGACACUGAACGGUUUUAUUUCUGUAUUAGAAACUGUGCUUGGAACCAUUGGAGACAUAAAAUCCUAAUAGGUUCUUGCUGCCUGUCCUGAGAGGAGUAGCUAUCAGAGUUCUAGUUUUUCUGAUUAGAAUUGCUUGAAGUCCAGAUAUUAUCAAAUGCAAAAGAGAAUGGACAAUCUCAGAAUCAGGAUUCUUAUGUUUUUGUCCGAAGACAAUUGACUUCUUCCUCUCAUACCUCUAGGUGAAUGACCCCAUUUUUCCAGGUGUUGUUGAAAAGGUUAAUGUUGGUAAGGGGAUGGGAUGGGGUGAGGAUAGGAUUUGGAUUCUUUUCUAAUCCAUUUUAGGGAUUGUUUUACUAAUUAAAGAUGCUCAAUGUUUAUGGAAA